CUGAUUUUAGGGUUUCUCUAGUCCUACGGUAGGUAGCGCUAGGGUUGCAGAGGUUGCACUUGCAGCUACGGUAGGUUGACCGUUUACAGGUCCCAUGGCAUUGCUUGUCGCUUCGUAGGUUCUGUAGGAACAAAUCUGAGGUUGCAUGGAUUCCUCAGGAGCUGCCCCGUUGGAGGGUCUUCUGGCAGCCUUCAGCCCUGAGGGGGACACUCUGGCCGUCACCUCUGGAGAUGGCCGGAUCAAGACCUGGGACGUGAGCAGCGGCCGUCUCCGCGCAGAUCUGGCUGCUGGAGAUGCAACCAUUACCAAAGCAGCUGCAGGAACACCGGGGGGCCUAGGCCUGCAUAUCAGUGCACUCACAUGGGGCCAGGGGCCCGCUGCCAAGGCUGCCAAGAAGAAGAAGGCGCGAGCGCCACCGCCUCUCAUUGCUGCUGCGUCCAGCACGGGGGACGUUUUGGCGUGGGAUGCGGCGCUGGGCGAGCUGCGGUGGCGCACCACCGCGGUCCAUGCUGGGCCGGUGGGCGCCCUGGCGGCGGGGCCCCAGGGGGCGGUGGUGUACACCGGGGGCGCAGACGGGCGGGUGUGCCAGCUGGCGGCGGCCACGGGGGCGCUCCUGGCGCAGGACCGCCUAGAGCGCCAUGGGGUGGCUGCACUUGCCGUCUCCCCAGACGGGGCGCGCCUGCUGGUGGCGAGCGCGCGCAUCCGCCUGGUGGACUUAGCCAGCAAGAGGAAGCUGCGCAAGCUGGCGGGGCACGCGGGCCGCGUACGUGCGCUGGCUUAUACCCCCGACGGUGCAUACGGCCUGAGUGCCGCAGCCGGGGACCGCCAUGUGGCGCUGUGGGAUCUGAGCGAUGAGCGCAGCGAUGGCGGCGUGCAGCCCGCCGCGGCGCUGCUGGCCAUGGAGGAGCCGGCGGUGGCAGUGAGCUGCGCUGCGGGGCCUGCGCACAGGGGGGUGACCAUUGUGGCGCUGGCGCAGAACGGGGAUGCGUACGUGUGGCGCGGCGAGGGGGGGCUGGGGGCCGCCGCUGCGGCGCCCACACGGAUCAGGUCGGGUGGACAGCGGUCGGCGGCAGAGUCCAGCGGUGCCGUGCUUGCGGCAUGCGCGCUGGAGGGGGGCUCUGUGCUGCUGGCUCACGGGUCUGCCGCCUCCCCCUCGUUUGAGACUGUCCCUGCCAGCCGGCUGGUCGGGGGGCAGGUCACGCUGAGCCCCCCCCUGCAGAAUGGGCUGUUGGAGGAUGGGGCCACGCCGGCAGCGCGCACGAGCAGGGAGGCAGGCACACCAGCGGUGGUGGGCCCCGACAGCGGCGGUGGAGGGGUGUCGGCUGUGCUGCACGAGCGCGAUGCCGGCAGGGCGGGGAAGCAGGGCAGGAAGAAGCGCAGGGCAGAGGACGAGGCAGGGGCGGCGGGGGCGGAGCCCGCCACGAGGGCCGAGUGGGAGGGCGGCGGGGGCGGGAGGGGCGGGGGCGGGGCGGAGGAGAAGGAGGAGACGCUGGGGGAGCGCGUGGCCGCGCUGGAGCUGGCGGGGGCGGCGGGGGGCAGCGGGAGGCAGGACGAGGUGGCAGGGGGAGCGGCAGGGAGCAGUGCUCCACGCGCGCACUCGCUACAGGUGCUGUUGACGCAGGCGCUGGCCUCGCAGGACGGGCAGCUCCUGGAAAAGUGCCUAGCGGUGGGCGAUGAAAAGGUGAUUGGCAACACGGUGCGGCGGCUGCGCGCCAGCGAUGCAGCGGCGCUGCUGGCCAGCCUGACGGCCAAGCUGCAGGCGCGGCCCAGCCGGGGGAUGACGCUGCUGCCCUGGAUCCGCGCCGCACUGCUCCAGCAUGCUGGCACGCUGAUGGCAGCCCCCGGCGCGCAGCCCAGCCUCCUGGCCCUGCACCAGCUGAUUGACGCGCGGCUGGCCGUCUUCCCCCCGCUGCUGGCUCUGUCCGGGAGGCUGGACCUCAUGAUGGCGCAAGUGGCGGCGUUCUCUGAUGCGCACCACGGCAGCGGCGGGGCCAGCGCACUCGAUGCUGGCACUGCCGUGUACGAGGAGGGCCACAGUGAUGAGGAGGGGGACGCGGAGGGGGUGGUGGAGGAGGUGGGCGACAUGGAGACGUCGGACAGCGACGCAGCAGGGGGCGCGGAGGACGAGGAGACCGGGGACUGGGAGACGGACGACGAGGACGACGACGAGGACGACGACGACAACGACGAGGGACCGUGAGAGGCCUGCAGGGACGGGAUGAACGGAUGCGGGACUCAGGCGUCCCCAUAAGCUUACUAACCCGCUUCAACUGCUAGGGGGCUCGGAACCAUUGGGUGACCUUGCUCCAUGUGUUCAAGCAAGCAUCGCCGUAUAGUAAGAAUUAUUGAAACCCGGGCCCCAUGCAGCUGGGCGACAACUUCGUUCGUGCUCAAUUUGCAACAGGUAGAUUCGACAGUGAUAGUUGAUCACAUGCGUUUUGCUGGCGCUCAAUUUUGUCGCUCAUCCCGCGUCCACUUUUUCAUUUCAAAUUUGAACGGCCU